AUGACGGCGGUCGACUUGUCUGAGAAUGAGAUCGACCAGCUCCUGAGCUCUGCCGAGCUCGCACUGGCCAGCAAGGCAGCCGACCAGUCUGUUGCGUCACGGCAACAGCCACAACAGCCACCGACUGGCCCCCAAAGCCUCGUCGCCCUCAACGGCGUUGGCGAGAACCAAGGCAAGAAGUCGACUGGAGUGUCUGAACUGUCGCUCCGUGUGCCUCAGCUCAAGUCCAAGGAUAAAAAGGCCCUUCCUGACAAUGCUGGCGCUGCUUGGAACUACAUGCCGCGCACAGAUAUCGAUGACCCUCAGGUGAAGAAGGACCUGCAACUGCUGAGGAUGAGGGGUGUUGUCGACAGAAAAAAGUUCUGGAAGCGAGACAACCGCAAGGACCCCUACCCUCAGUUCUCGCAGGUCGGGACCUUGGUCGAAGGAUCACUGGACCACCACAAUGGACGACUGACCAAGAAGGAGAGGAAGCGCACUCUCGUCGAGGAGGUCCUGGCCACCGGCGAGUCGGAUGGCAAGUUCAAGGACAGAUACAUGAAGAUCCAGGAGAAGAAGAUGAGUGGCAAGAAGGGCCACUACAAGAGACUUAUGGCAGCCAGGAGGAACAGGGGUUGA